UCUAUGAUCAGUUUACAGUCUCAACUUCACCCAGACCCAGGUGUUCCAGUUUCGGUUAAAGGUGCCUUCCUUCUUCCCUCAAAGAGGAUUAGCCCCGCUGAAAAGUAUCCAUAACAAACCAAUCAUCAUGCUGACCGCCUGCCAAGUAGCUUUGAUCGCUGGAUGUUUGUCCGCUCUGGCCGUAAGCUCCGUUCGGGCGCAGUUCUUCUACCACCAGGCGUUGGGUCUUCCGUCUACUCACUCUGCUUCCUACGAACCGGCCAAUCCGUAUCAGGGAUAUGCCACCGCUGAUGCUCAUCCCUCGGUGGUGCGGAAUGCCCAAUGGGAGGCUGAGCUGCCUCCAGAACUGUCCAAAAGUGCGCGCUUCUACAAUGAUCCUGUGAUUGCCGCCAACCUGGCCAAGGAGUCGCUGCUGACGAGGAAGGAAAUGGCCGUAGUGCAUCGCGAGGCUGAGAAAAUACCGCGGGAACAGGUCUACAAGCUGUUCAAGAACGCCGGCUACCUGAAUCGCAGAUAGACAGCCAUCGCGUAGUCGAGCUGAGUUCCAUUUCCCACGUGCCUUGUUGUAUUCUAGCUUCUAAAAAUUGUUAAUAUAUUGUAAAUACGAUUAAAUGUU